ACACCCACCGUUGGAGAAGCACAAAAAGAGGUUCACUUUCAACACUUGUUCAAUUUCAACGCUAACUGCAAUUAUUUUUUCGCAUAUACAAAACAAAAAACACUGCACUACAUAGAUAUAAUAAAAAAUAUUAAACAAAAACCAAAACUGUGAUUUCAAGAGGAGAAAAGAUUAAUUGUGUGCGCAAACACAAUUUUUGGUAGUGGAGGAAAUAUUGAACAAGACAAGAACACAAAGCGAUUGGAAAUCAUUUUUUCUUUUGCCAUACAAACACAAAAGAGAAAAACGAAAAUUUGCAAAAAUAUACAAAGCAAGAAGAAGCAGCAGCAGACGAAGAAUUAGUACGAAGGCGAUACCACACUACUACAAAGCCGUCGCAAAGAAGUGAAGGGGAGACUACUAAAAUAAAAAAUCAAGAUAUCGGGGCAUUUAUUACCUACCACUUUGGUGUGCUGUGUGCUGAAAUAACAAAAAGAAAAAAGCAACUGGAAAAAUCUCUUCUGAUUACAUCCUUUGGACGUCGUUUAUAUCCAACCAUUAUUAUAUCCAUAAAACAAAAAAUAUUUGCAGCCUUAGUGUUUUCUCCACAAAAAUAAGAAGAAUCUUCAAAAAGCAAUAUAACCAAGUGCUUUAUUUAACUGGAACUGUGUCAAAAUUUUGCAUUGUCAACGGAUCAACUAAUUUUUAGAUUACUGCAUUUGGGCUGAUAUACUUUUUGGCGACAUCGUCGUUCUCACCCCAUAACUUGUGCGCCUAUCUUCGUUUAAGGAGUGAAGAUAUUGGAGAAUUACUAACACCAUUUGUAAGACUGCUGUAGUGAACAAGUCUGGUGAACGCGAAAGAAGAAAACGAAAUGGUAAUGGAUGCAACUCAACCCCAACAACCAUCACCACAAUCGGUUGGACGUGAAUUUGUCCGCCAAUAUUAUACGUUGUUGAAUAAGGCUCCAAAUCAUUUGCAUCGCUUCUACACCAACAACUCUUCUUUCAUACAUGGUGAAUCAACACUUGUUGUUGGCCAGAAAAAUAUUCACAAUCGCAUCCAGCAACUGAACUUUCACGACUGUCAUGCUAAGAUCAGCCAAGUCGAUGCUCAAGCUACACUUGGCAAUGGUGUUGUUGUGCAAGUGACUGGUGAACUAUCCAAUGACGGGCAACCAAUGCGUCGCUUCACGCAGACCUUUGUUCUCGCUGCUCAAUCCCCUAAAAAGUACUAUGUACACAACGAUAUCUUCCGUUACCAAGAUAUGUACCCGGAUGAGGAGGUCGAUGGUGAGUCUCGCUCGGAAAACGACGAAGAGCAUGAUCAGCAACAGUUGCCGCUACAAGUACAAACUGUAGCCACAAGUGCUAACGACCAGCAGGGCCAAGUUGUCAAUAGUGGCGGUAAUGAGCAGCAAGCAAUGUCGGGUCAGGUGAUUGCUAGUGGAGGUAGUGCUGGUGGCGUAUUGCCGCAACAACCAGCUCAAGCUGUUUACUACUCCAUGCCAACCGCAGGUGGUCGUCCAAUAACUGUUUUACAACCACCUCCUGGCGUGGCUGGAGUGCCAAUUCCCACUGCAACCUUUACUAAUGCCAACACGGCUGGAGUUCCACCGCAGCAACCACAAGCGGCAGUACAGGCUAACGCUAGCGGCGCAGGAGUUGCUCAACUCAAUGGCAUAGUGGCCCAUGAUGAGAUCAUUUCAAGUAUGCCACCCGCCAGUGUUGCCCCACAACCACAAAUGGCAAAUCAAUCCACCUCUCCUGUUAUGCCACAGGCGACAGCUGCCGUAGCUGUUGGCAAUGCUGCUGUGCUCAGCACCCAGGCAUCAGUGGGCGUAACUGGUGUUCCCGUUGCCUCUGCAACAACGACUGGAUUGCCACAGAAUGCGGCAAGCAACACAACUAUGCCAAGUUAUCAACAAUCGCCGGUAAUCCAAACACAUAUCUUACAGCAACAACAACAGCAUCAACCUCAGCCACCACAACAACAGAUACCAACACCAAUGCAACAACAACAGCCACUACCGAAUACACCCUCCCAACCACCACAACAGCAGCAACAACAGACUAUGCAACAACAACAAACUCAAACACCAUUGUCCUCCACUUCAAAUGUAACCGAUGUUGAUGAUGCAAUUAGUUCCAAUAACGGUGUCGGAAGCACGCAACCACCUCCACCAUUGGUUGCUGCCGAACAACAAUCCCGCCCUAACACAGCAGCCAACGUUGUAGCGAGCGGCCAGACAGUUUCUUCAUCACCCAGCACUGUGCUCGAACCUCCUACACCAGCUCCCAUCGUUGAAGACUUUAAAACCAUCAACGAACAGCAACAGCAGGAAAAAUAUGAAGCGGCCAAACAACAGCAGCAGCAACAAAAUGAGCCCAAAACGUAUGCCAAUCUUUUUAAAUCGUCAUCUUCCUCCCCAAGUAGUUUUGUGAAUGCUGCAAUGCAGCAACAACAACAAAUACAACAACAGCAGCAGCAGCAGCAACAGCAACAACAACAGCAAUCGAUUGUCGGCGCCAGUAGUGGUGGAAUGUAUGGCAACAGUUCGUCAAUAGGUUCGGCGGGUUCAUACUCACAAUCUGCCAGUUCGACGCCAUCGAUAUCAGUUUAUGGUAAUCGUAACAAUGAUAAUGGUUCUUCCAUUCGCCAAGAUAAUAACAAUGGACAAAGCAGCGGUGCUGGACCAUUACCACAACGAUCGAAUACAAAAGGAUUCAACAAAGAUUUUGAUCAACGCCGGACUGGUAACAUUCAACAAUUUGGAGAUAAUCAACAACUGUUCCUUGGCAACAUUCCUCACCAUGCUUCCGAGGAGGAGUUGAAAACUUUAUUCAGUCAAUUUGGUUCUGUUGUUGACUUAAGAAUUCUAUCGAAGGGCAGUGGUAAAAUUCCCCCAGGUGGUAGAAAUCCCUUGAAUUAUGGAUUCAUUACCUACAGUGAUCCAGAUGCGGUGCAAAAUUGUUUGGCCAAUUGUCCCCUUUACUUCCCCGAUAACUCACCCGAUGGACAAAAACUGAAUGUGGAAGAGAAAAAACCAAGAGCUCGUACUAAUGAUAUGCCACCACGCCAAAAUAUGGGCGGUGGCAGCGGCAUGAACAAUAUGAACAACAAUCAGCGCAAUAUGUCAAGUGGUGGACCACCAUCGCGUUCGCUCUCCAACUCUGGCAGUGGGGGUGGCAGCAUGAUGCGGGGUAACAGUGUGGGCAACAACAACAACAGCAUGUCACGUGGUGGCUCCAGUGGCGGCGGUGCCGGUCCUCGCAUGGGUGGUGCUUUUAAUCGUAACGAUAAUCGUACUUCGAAUGGCGGUAGUGGCUCACAAAUGCGCGGCGGAAAUAAUUCGCAGACACAAGGCAACAGUUAUAGUGUAAGACGCUAACCAUUAAUAUUCUUCUAUCAUCCACAAACUCCAGCUCCACAACCACCACCAUCAUUACAACCACCACCUCCACCACCAUCAGCAGCAGCAGUAGCAACAGCAGUACCGACAGCAGCCGCCACAAACACAACGACACCUACUCGUCCAAUCAAUUGUUAUGCUCCGAAUGCUGCAACAAUUGUCACAUCAACCAACACAGCUCCUCCACCACCACCACCUACUCAUUAGAAGUCACACUCUGAGAGGGUUAAGCAAGAAAAGAAAAAAACUCUAAAGGGUUCAUACUUUCUUUCAUUCAUUCAUUCGUUCGUUUUAUGUUUCCAUCUUCUUCUUCUUCUUCAACAACAGCAACAGGCAGUACAGCUCUUUAUUAAAUGUAAUCUUUAUAAGAUGUAAGACGCGUAAGCAACUUUUAGCGUUCCUUUUUUUAUUUAAAUAUGUAUUUUUAUAUAUAUAUGCUAGAGAUUUAAGGAUUUUUAUUUAAAAUUUAUAAUACAUAGUAUUUUUCUUGUGUAUUUUUUCGUUUUUGUUUUCGUUUUUCGUUUGAUCUGCCCAAGCUGCCUUCAUACAAAUGCUGUUUAGUCCUAGAUCUGUUGAUUUAAGAGAAGAAAGUAGGCACCACCCAAACUACAACAACAAAAUAAAACGAAUAUAGAGAGCAUAGGCUCGCUGCUACAGUUCAGUUAAAAGACAUUAAGACUUGAGGUGCCAAUUGAAGUUGUUUUAAAUACAAAUUCGAUAAUUUUUUUAUUCUUCGUGUAUUUAUAUUCCUAAGGGAUGAAGAACUAAAUAUUAGUUUAUUUAUUUUUUUUUUAUACAAUCUUUAUAAAGACUUUAUAGUAUUUGGUUGGUGGAGUGGCGAGAGGAGUUUGUGUGUGUGUGUGUUUAGGAAACCAUUAAUAUUUUUUCUUGAAUGAAUGAGCUUCAAAUUAGUGAUUGUUGGCUGCUGUUUAGUUUUUCUUUUCAUUCCGCCACAUUCAUUUAAACCUUAAAACAAAAAAACAAAAGAAAUCAUCUAAUGCUAACACACAAUCAUUUUUUAAUUUGUAAUUAAACGAUAAAAAAACACAGAAAAAUGAAAGAAAAUCGAAAAAAUAUUUUAUAUUUUUUUGUUUAAAUAAUUCUAAAUUAUAUUGUUGAACUUAUUUUUUUUUUUUGUUUUCUAACUCUAUCAAUAUUUUCUCAUACCACAUACAACAACAUUUCAUACAACAAAUCAAAGACUAAGGGCUUUUUAAAAAGCCAUUUAAGAAAGAGAAAGAGAGAGAACACACGGCGGCGCCUUAAACAAAACAAACAAAAUUACGUAUAACAAAAAUGUAUUGUCCUCCUCUUUAUAUUCUUUUCUCUAAACUACUACUAUAUAAAAAAACACAACAACAACUAUAAAUAUUGUUUCACUCAAGCUCUCAUAAUUUUUUAAAAGAAAACGAAAAUGUAUCAGCGGUUAAACAAAAAGAAAAAACAAUAUCUUUAAAUUUGUCUCUUUUUAUUUUUUUUUUUAUUAAAUGAUAUUGAUGAAAUGAAAUUAUUUUAAUUUAAUAAUAACAUUUUUUUAAUUUAUAAAUCUUUAUUUUUAUUUUUAAAGAAACAAAAAAAAAAAAAGAAACAAACAAACAAACAAAUACACAAAAAUAUGAUGUAAUUAAAAAAAAAGAAAUUGUCAUAAUUAUUUUUUUUUAAUUCAAUUUAUGAAAAUAUGAAAUAUUUUCUGGGAAAAUCAUAGAUAAUGUUUAUCUAACAGCUCUGCAUGGCAUGAAUAUUACCUAGCCGCGGCAAUCAAUCAACCAAUAAACCAUCUGCUAAUAGUCUAGGUUGUUGUAGUCGCUCGCCAUACACUUACAAAAUUCUAAAUGCCCAUGGCCAAAGUUCUUGUAUUCAUCAUCACUUAAUAAAAACGCCAUAUUCAUGGAAUAAAUAA